AUGUGUAUUUUUCGAAAUGAAAAUCCAAUUUGCACAGCAAAACAAGUUGGACUUAAUGCUAAUCAAAGAAGUGAAGUUUUAAUAGCACAUAAUGCCUUUAGACGAAGAGUAGCUGUCGGAGGCGAAAGAAGAGGAAAUCCUGGACCACAACCACGUGCUAUAAAUAUGCCAAAUAUGGUUUGGGAUCAAGAAUUAGCAAACAUUGCACAGAGAUGGGCUAAUCAAUGCAGACCUGGACACGACAGAUGUAGAAACGUUUAUCGUUUUACUGUUGGACAAAACGUUGCUACCUUAUCGAAUACAGGAACAUCUCAUCCUGUCAAUAUAAUUACAAGAUUAGUACAAUUGUGGUAUGAUGAAGUGGCUUUAUUUGAUUCAAGACAAGUUGAACGCGUCACAAAUUUCGAUCGAGUUGGACAUUAUACUCAAAUGUUAUGGGCAACAAGUGAUAAACUUGGUUGUGGAUUUUUAAAUUAUCAACAAGGAAUUCUGAAUACAGUAUUACUGGUUUGCAACUAUGGUCCUGCAGGCAAUAUUAGAAAUGGCAAAAUGUACGAUAUUCGUCGCUUUUAAUAACAAAAAAAAAAGUUACUUUUUUUAAAAUUUUGCUUGGACCGUUUA